AUGGCUGGGCCGAAGCGGAGAGGUGACGGGCGGAGUCCAAGUCCGACGGUUCGCGAAAUCGACGAUCGCAACUCGGACCUCACAGAAACAUCCCAAUUGCUUGGCACUAAUGGGUUUGGAGCAAGGAAAGACAGUUGGGACAACGAUCUUGAUUUUCAGCAUUUGCCCUGGUGGCGCAGGCCCUCUGUAUUCUGGCUUCUCGGUCCUUAUGCCGUCUUCACCCUCGCUUUUGGCGGCAUCAUCGUUCCCAAGCUCAACUUAAUCUUAGAUCUUGUCUGCAAGCAAUACUUUGCUGACGAACAGCUCGCUGACCCCCAAUUCACGUAUAAGCCCAUCGUAUUGGGGUCCGACAACCCGCAAUGCAACAUUCCAGCCGUUCAGCGAAACGUCGCUGAAUUCAUGCUGACCCUCAACCUCGUCAUCGGUGGUCUGAGUGCCAUUGUUGCUCCAAAGCUGGGCCAUCUCUCUGACCGCUAUGGCCGACGAAAGCUGAUGGCUCUUGCAUCCUGCGGUGGUGUUCUAAGUGAGAUUGUUACCAUCCUCUGCGCCAAAUACCCUCAGACAUUCAACUACCGGUGGAUGAUUCUCGGCGCUGUCUUCGAUGGCAUUACGGGCUCUUUUACCGCUGGCAGCAUUCUCAGUCAGUCCUACACUAGCGACUGCACUCCUCCAUCCAAGAGAGCCGUGUCCAUUGGUUAUAUCCACGCCUGUCUCUUCACCGGUCUCGCUCUUGGCCCUCUCAUGGCCGGUUAUUUCGUCAAAUGGACUGGAACGCUCAUCUCAAUCUUCUAUGUUGCUCUCGGCUGCCACACAUUCUUCAUUCUCUUUGUCCGCUUCGUGUUGCCAGAGUCCCUCUCAAAGCGAAGGCAGCUGCUAGCCCGUGAGAAGUUGCUAAGGUCUGAAGCUGAGCAAGCCGGCAAUGAGGGGUCAUCAUCUCGCCUCCUUCAUAACCCCUUUGCGACCCUCAAGAUCUUGUGGCCAACUGGCCCCGGAACCUCUUCAAGACUCCGAAUCAAUUUGGUCGCACUAGCCGUUGCUGAUACCAUCAUCAUGGGGUCCAUGAUGGCCGUGGGUAACGUGCUGAUGCUCUACAGCGAGUACAUGUUCGGCUGGGGCAACUUUGAGACGUCUCGUUUCAUUUCCUCCUUGUCCAUGAUCCGUGUCUUUGUUCUGAUGGCCAUCUUCCCGAUAAUCAACUACGUCUUCCGCAUCCGGCCAGCAGCACGCCGGCGACGAGAGUCCGGGGCACCCCUCAUAGAAGCAAACUCUGGAGCGGACAAUCUAGACGUUUGGAUUCUCAGAUUUGCUUUGACAUCGGAUUUGCUGGGAUGCUUCGGAUAUCUCUUUUCUCGGAAUCAACACCUCUUUUUUGCCAGUGGAAUGGUCACUGCCCUCGGAGGCCUAGGAAGCGCCACCGUCCAAGCAGCUGUCACCAAGCAUGUUCCCGCGUCGCGCAUUGGGCAGGUUCUUGGCGCUGUUGGGUUCAUGCAGGCACUCUCACGAGUCGUUGGGCCCGUCCUAUUCAACGGCUUGUAUGCGAUGACAGUUGGGGUGUUCCCACAAGCCAUCUUUGUACUGCUUGCUGGACUCUUCGGCAUUGGCCUGACAUGUGCUUUUAUCUUGAAGCCUCAUAUCCACUGGGAAGAAAUUGGAGAGGAACAGGAUGAGCAGCCACCAAGUCAACCCUCGAGGCGUCUCGACGACAGCGCUGCCCUCCUAACAGCCAACGAGGAAGCGAUUAUUUAG